CGUAAUUUAUGUAAUGCAUAAUAUACUCUUUUUUGUAUACGUAGCUGACCGACGUACAACAUUUUUUUUGUGUUUCACAACAGUCUUUCUCAAUUAUUUUUUCUAUAACAGAAAUUAGAUAACAAAAUGAAAUAUAUGCCAAAAAGAGCUUCCACAUAUUUCCGCUAUAAACUAUAAAAAAAUUGCUUAUAACUAUUUAUGAAUAAGAAUUGUUCUUCAUAAAGCCUUAUGCGCAGACAUUUCCUCUCCUUCCUUCUAGCAUUUAUCGUCUGCUUUAACAUCUUUGGUGCUGACACCACCUUCCACGCGUUUUGCCUGUACUUGAGGAUGCAUUUCGAAAUCCUCUGCUACCGGUUCGAGGGAGUUGUAACUCCUUGUGCACGGGAGACGAAGUCGUGUAUACGAAGCUUAGUGCAACGGCAUCAACAGCUGAUCCAAUUAGUUAACGAAAUUGAGCAACUGUAUUCAAAAUCUACACUAUUCAAUAUUGUCGUAAGCUCGGUAUUGAUUUGUCUCAGCGUGUUCAACGUUACGUUCAUCAAUGAUUUUGGCGCUGUUUUCUCAUUCAUCAGUUUCCUAGUGAUGAGUCUGUACCAGAUAUUCAUGUCUUGCUACUUUGGGGAUAUGAUUGUGACCUCGAGCCUCCAAGUACGUGAAGCGUUAUACAAAUGUAAAUGGUACGACGCGGAGCCACAGAUUAAAAGAACUAUUCACAUAAUCAUGUUGAGGUCACAAAAGCCUUGUUCCGUGACGGCAGCGAAAUUCGCGACUUUAAACAUCUCGGCCUUCACAACGAUAUUGAGCCGAUCGUGGUCCUAUUUCGCAUUGCUGAAGACAAUGUACAAGUAA